AUGACCCUACCUUCCUGUAUUAUUACUGUUUUCAUUCUCUUUGCAACACUCUCCAAAAUAGGUAUCCCUAUUAAAGUUAAGAAGACUGCAUUCCUAUUUCCCCUCAUCUUGAUUUCCUUGUUAGGGUCAUUAAGUGCUGGAUUAACUAUCUACAAGUCUCACUCUACAUCAUGGGAUAUAUCCUUAUCACCUGUUGCUACUGAGAAGUGUUCAAUUGGAAUUGUCUACCUGUCCAUUUUAUUCCUGCUCUUCCUCUUACCUCAUGUUGUUUCACUUGAACAAGCUGCUCUUUGCAAGUUAACCAUUUUUCUGUUCAGUAGCUUGAUCUUCUAUCAAGUAUUUGGUUCUACCGUCACUAUUUUGCAUUGUCUUCUACUGAUGAGCAUCAUUUUGCCUUGCAACACCAUACCAUUAUUUCUCAUUUCCAAAUAUGUUCAAGCUGGAAAAGUCUUUUACUGUCUGAUUUCACAGGAAUCUCUUUUAAGCAAUGCUGUUUCCUUGAUCCUUUACCAUUUAAUUUCUGGGAAAAAUAAUUUGGAUGAAAGUCCUGCUCAACCAGUGGAUUGGCAUUCCAUUGUCAUGUAUGUGCUGGCAGUUGGAAUUGAGGGAACUGUAUUUUCUUUUUUUCUCAGCUGUUUGCUCUUUACACUCACAAAGCAUUGUUCACCUAACACUGUCUGCAUUGUAGAAGCCAUUUCUCUUUUUGUUAUGAGCAUUUUGGCUUAUUACAGUGUCCACUUCUUUCAACUACCAGCCAUCUUGGAACUGACAUUGUGUGGCAUUUGUCUUCGGCAAUAUGCAGACGUUAUCCUUCUUUCUGGGUCCUCAUUUACAACACCAACAGCAAAUGGUAGCACCAAGGUUACAUCAUUGCUGAAACUCUUGGCCUGUAUUUGUGAAAGUUGCAUCCUCGCUUUGGUGCUUGCCUUUAUUCCUGGACAAGCUCCAACCCUGUUCUCAUCUUUUCACUCCUGGAACUCUGCUUUCGUUCUCAUUUCAUUGUUUAUUGGAAUUAAUUGUACAUCUCUAGGUUUAAUCUGCAUUUGCUGGUGGUCCAGCAAACAUUCUCAGCCUGGCCUUUUGGAACAUUUUAUUGUAUAUUGUAGUGCUCUUCGUGGCCUUUAUGCUUUCAGCCUUGCAUUGUUGCUUAGUGAGACUGAUCUUUCACAAAAGCAUCUCAUGGUCACAUCACUAUUUGCUUUCAUAUUCUUUGCAGUAUUUGUACAGAGUUUAACUCUAAAAGUACUGCAAAAUUCUCUGAAAGAUAGAAUUGCAACCAAACAGGAAUUGAUCUCAUCAGAGAAGCUUAAAAAAAAUCUGCUGGAUCAUAUAUUUACUGGAUUCAAGGAUGUUACUGGCCUUUUUGGAUACCAUGUUCUCAGGGAAGGUGCCUCUUUCGUCUUCAUUCAAAUACCGACAUAUAAAAAAUUAGGAAUCGGUUUCGUUAGGAGCAAUCUGCUGAGAAUCCAUCUUUACACUAGUGUCCUCUCCAGAAACAUCCUAAUGCGUGACCAUGAUGCUCCAACACCCUCUGACCGUAGGAUGCGCUUGUUGCAAUUGGUGCGAAAACUGAAUCUUCGUGCCUGGUUGCAGCAUGUCACUGUAUAUGGUGAGGCAGGUAGCAGCAGUAGUGCCAAUACAAGUACCCCAUCUUUACCACCACCUGCUACAGCAGCUGCUAUUGGAGCUUUCACUUGUGCUCAGGCUUCUCUAACAAUCAGUUCAGCUGGCAGUCGAGGUAAUGGCACAGGUGUGCAACAGAAACAGAGUUCCCAACAAUCUAGUAGUCAAAGUAAUAUUGGCCACAUCUCAGCAACGUCAGGGCGAAGAAGAACUUUUACCCCCAAAAUUUGGGGCACUAAAAAGGCAACCGAAUUUCAUUCAAAGCCAUUUGUGCCUAACUGUGCUGAGCAUGAAAGAUGCUGUGGAGAAGACUCUGGUGUCAUGGUAGAUGAUCAUUCAGAAGAGGAGGAAGAGGAUGACAGCCAUAUAACAUCAUCUUCUGCCCUUGGAGCAUGUUGUGGCUCUGCUUCUUGUACAGGAGUUGAGGGUACCAAGUUUGCUGAUGACUGUCGAAUCCAUCACAUUGUAGACCACAAUGCAUAUCGUCCACGUCAUAAGUGGUCAAAACUCAACAAGAAAAACCCUAGCUCUAGGCAAUCAAAUUAUGCAGUUUUUCAUCAAGAAUUAUGUAUGCAACUGGAGAAGUUAUGUUCAAACCGCCCAUCAAGGAAAAAUAGAGAAGAAGAUGGUCAAAAGUUAGCUUGCCUUGAUCAAUGGAAAAAAUGUGAAGUGGAGGGUUACCUAAAGAAUAUUAAUGAAGAAAUUGAUGAUCCCUCCAGCAGGUACCUCCUCACUACUCCGAAGCAGCAACGUGAUGUCUCUGGUUCUGAUGAGGAGGGGGAUAAUCUGGAGCAGGUCGCAGAAGUUGAGACUGCUGGUCUUAAGGAUAACACAGAGGAUGCUGAAGAUUCCCAUGACUUCCAUUACAGACUUCCAUGGCUUGAUGAGACACAUACUUCUCCACCUCGUCUUCAAGUCGAGGAGACAAUUGCUGAAAAGACUUUGCCAUGGAAGUGCCAUUUGGAUAUUGCUAAAGCCCCUAUUGCAGAAGCUGAGGUGAUUGAAACUGAACAGACUCUGGCUGAAACUACGUUGCCAUGGAAGCGUCAAUCAACAAGGGAGCCAAUCUUUGCAGCCAUGUCAUUGAAUGUUGUUGAAGAUGAACCUCAAGCUGCCGAGGCUCCAUCUUGGAUCAACAACCUCUUGUAUCACCGCUUGAGAGAUUCUGGCUCUCCGUACAUGUCACCUGAGGAUACCCUGACUCUUGUCCAGAACACCGUAUCCCGGCCGUCGAUUUUCUCGGUAUUUCCUGCUGAGAAAAAACCAGAAGAGGUGGAAGUAAAGGAGAAAGAUUCCACUUCUGUAACCACUGCAGGCAGACUGUUGCCCCCUCCACUUGCUGCUGAAGUUGAGCCUGAAUCUAUUUCUUUACCCCCUCCAUGGGAAAGCCACAACAGUGCUGAGUACGAGCCACUUACCUCUCCGCAUGCUACCAACACCAAUAUUGGUGACAAAGUUUGUAGCACAGAGUCAAUGCAUCGUUUGCUACCGCCAACUCAUCAUAUCAUUAUCCCUUUGACACCAGGAAAUACAAAUGAAAGCAUUUCUGAUCUCGAAUCGGCUGCAGCAAUUGAUCGUGUUGCUUUGCGUUCUCCGGCUUCAGCUCCCAACUUUCCUACCCACUGGCAGAUGCUGCUACCAGCAUUGCGAGACCGCAGACAUUCCACCUCCUUAACAGAAGAGCAAGCAUACGAAGAAGAUUGCCUCCAGCGUGUCCAGAAUUGGCUUGAUAAUGUCGAGCCAGGUCUUGAUGGAGUUGUUGAUCUCGAUAAUUUUGAGGAGCAGCACCACUUUUUCUUGUUGGAUGAGGAAGAUCAUCUUGAUGACACAUAUGAUGCAGAUCUAGAAGAUGAGGACUUGGAAGAAACCAUUGUGUAA